AAAACUUUCGGGCAGAUGCGUGGGCAACAUGGUGGACUGUUGAUAGCUUAAAGUUUUAUUUAAUUCGUGUCUCGUUAAUAAAUACCGAAUGCUGUAAAAUUUCCAAAAUGGAUUGGAGAAAUGCGAAGAUUCUGUUAGCAUCCACAGCAACGGUGGUAGUUGCAAGUCAAAUUGUGAAAAAGGUGUAUAAAUACUUUUCUAGUUCAAAAAAGUCUUGCCUAUCUGAGACGCGCAACGAAGACACAUGUGAUGAAGUAUUAAAUCUUAAAAAUCGGGAUAUAAACGACGUCAUAUUAUUUUCGGACGACGUUGUCCGACACACAGUAAGAGUGCCACCUAACAAGGAUAUAACUAUCUGUGAAAGCAGAGAGUUGAACUGCUUCAAAUUAAUAAAGUACAUAAAAUCAGCACGUGAGACUUUAGACGUCUGUAUGUAUUUGAUAACAAGCAGUGAAAUAGCUGAACAAAUAAUUAGGCUGGGACAGAAACACAUUUUAGUAAGAAUAGUCGUUGACAGCGAUAUGGCCUUCACUCCACCAUCGCAAAUUAAUAAGCUGAAGGAAUAUAGUUUCAUCCAAGUGCAGACCAGCAAGAAAUCUAUUUUAAUGCAUCAUAAGUUUUGUAUUAUUGACGGGCCCAAAGCCAUUAAACGAAAAAAUAUGUUAAAAGCACAUGCAGAAAAGUUAAAUGUGUACGGAACAUUUACGAAAACUGCGAAAGUUCCACAGAAAUCAAAACAUUUUAAAGGCUUCGUUAUGUCUGGUUCAUUAAACUGGUCCACCCAGGCUAUGGUAUCAAAUCACGAAAGUGUUAUAGUUACAUCUCAUCAAAAUAUAGUCGGAAAAUUCGAAAAAGAAUUUGAGAGUUUAUGGGUGGAAACUGAACCAGCCUUAAUGACUUCAACAUGAUAUUUAGACAUAUAUUACACUUCACAAAAGGAAGGAGCUAAAAUCUGUACGACUCAGUUUAUGCCGAUAAAAGUACAAAAUAUGAAAUACCACAUGUGCAAGUGUAAAAUAUGUGCUACAAAUAAUAUAAAAGUGGACGAUUAUAACAUAAAAUGUGCAAACAACGAAUACAAAACGUAAAUAUAAUAAAUGAUGGAAAGUGAUAAAGUUAACAGUUUUCAAAGUUGUGUUUAUAAAGUGCACAUUGGAUGCAGUGUUAUUGUCACUAGAUGGCGCUGUUGGAAUUGUGGUUGAGCAAGUGAGAAACUUGUUCAGCCACUCACCGCUAGAUGGCGUUAUUGAUUCAUCGAGUUCACUACCCGAUAACUUCGUGUGAUAACAUGGGGGUGAUGGCUAACCUUUGAUAACAACCAUGGUACCUACAUGUAACGCCACCAGACACCACUUGCGGCCAUGAUCCAACGCGACUCGUCCGAUGCAGAGACUCGUUUCAUCUCGCGUUAGCUUAUUCCAGUCCGCCACUAUAUAAGACUGUUUAUGUUACAAUCGCAUUGUUACAAUAUCCCUCCUCACAAUCCUAGCUCCAUCGGGAAUGUUACGCAAUGUGCAGUCAGCACUGAUCACCGCGCUUGUUAUAUUCUCAUUGUCAGCUGUAAUACGUGAUAGUGCUUCACUGCACUUCCGUACGUUCUUAGGAACGACUGAUUUAUGACAUAGACCAGUCCUAUAUUGUUAUGUAUCUUUACCACUCACUAUGGUAAGAUCUCGAAGGAAAACGCAAAAAUGCUCGUCUAGUUUGUAAGUUUUAUGACUUGAAACAAUUUUUGUGAUCUUCAUUACGUUUUUCCGCUUUCCUUCGCGAUUCUCACAAGACCGCGCAUUCACUUAGUUUUACUCUACAAUCCUGCGUAUUUGUGUUGUCUAUACAAUGUAUAUGUUUUGAAUAAUAUUGACUAACAAAUACUAAACAAUUCUAACGCAUGACUUUUUUUAUUUUUACGAUAUAAACUCGCGAGUAUGCAUGACGUUAAAUGAUCUUGUUUAAUUAUUUAAGUUUUAAACGUUUUGUUAAAUAUUUAGACAACCUGUUACACUGACAUGUUUAUAUUUUAAAUUAUUUGAUAGUUUAUGUGUAUUGAUUGUGAAAUGUUUACUUCAACAAUUUGUAAAUUUUAUUGGAUUUAAUCAACAUGUAUUAUGAGAUCUGUCGUGUACGGUCGUUCGCCUUGCUCCAUAAAACUUGAUUUUACGUUAAAUUCUGAUCGUUUAAAUUCGAGUUUUAGUUCAUGCAUGGCAAUACCCGGGGUUGCAUUCUAGUUUUUUUUAAGAGGAAAAAUUUGAUUAUGCAAUCAGUUAUUACAUCAAUUAGUAAAUUAUGAAAAUUAUUGUUUUUAUUAUUAUCGAUUAUAAAUCAGUUUUUAAUAAAUGUUUCGGCAUGAA